CUCCGCUAUGGACAGUCGUAGUAGUUGUAUUCCGAUUGUGGCGCUUCUUUUGAUUUUGCUUAGUCCCCUCGACAAUUCACAAUCCUCAAACAUCAUUUGCGCUGAGAAAGAGAGAAGAGCCCUUCUAAACUUCAGAAAUGGCCUCAUUGAUUCAUCGGGCAGGCUCUCAUCUUGGUCGUCGGCGGCACAAGAAGAUUGUUGCCGAUGGACAGGAAUCCGCUGUGAUAAUAUUACCGGUCGAGUUAUCGAGCUCAGCCUGUCUUCCACGGAUUUAAGAGGCAAGAUUAAUCCUUCUUUACUCGAAUUAGAGUUUCUGAGUCACUUAGACUUGAGUUUUAACAACUUCACAGAUUCAGAUGGCGGCAUUCCAAGUUUUUUGGGUUCCAUGAAAAGUCUUACAUAUCUUGACCUCUCUGGGUGUAAAUUUCAUGGGAUGGUUCCUCAUCAACUUGGAAAUCUUUCCAGGCUGACUUACCUUGAUUUAGGAUAUAAUGAUGGAGUUUUUGUGGAUAAUCUUAGCUGGAUUUCUCGCCUUCAUUCUAUGGAGUAUCUCUCCAUGAGUGCAGUCGAAUUCGGCAAAGAAAUCAACUGGCUUCAAGCGAUGAGCACGCUCCCUUCUCUUUCAAUUUUGGCCUUGCCCCGUUGUGGGCUCGAAAGCAUGUACCCAUCCCUUGGUAAUGUCAAUUUCACAUCUCUCACUGUCCUUGAACUUUCUCAUAAUCAUUUCAAGCAUGAAGUACCAAAUUGGCUGGGUAAUCUCAGUUCAAGCCUCCUAUAUCUUGAUCUAAGAAAUAAUUCCUUACAAGGUGAAAUACCAAUAACCAUGUCAAAUCUCCGCAGCUUAAGUUAUCUAGAUUUGGGGUUGAAUCAACUUACCGGGCAAGUCACACACUGGCUGGGGCAACUUAAAUCUCUACAGAGGCUUUGGCUUGGGGGCAAUUCGUUUUAUGGGCCUAUUCCUGAAUCACUGGGAAACUUAUCAUCCUUGGUGAACUUAUAUCUUUACGAUAAUAACUUGAGCGGCAAUCUUCCCAAGAAUUUGGGGCUUCUCUCAAAUUUAGAGACUUUACACAUUGAAAAUAAUUCCUUGGGAGGUGGCAUUUCAGACAUGCAUUUUGCUAAGCACUCAAAGUUAAGGGAUUUAGACCUGUCCGGGAACCACUUUUUCUUCAAUGUGAGCAACAAUUGGAUUCCUCCUUUUCAACUCGAAAGUAUAAAAGUGAGUUCCUGUGAGAUGGGUCCAAAAUUUCCCUCAUGGCUAAGAACGCAAACAUCUGUUAAUUGGCUUGAGAUGUCCAACUCAGGAAUUUCAGAUAUAGUUCCAGAUUGGUUUUGGAACAUGGCAUCGUCUAUGUAUAUCGUUGACCUCUCUGGCAACCAGAUUGAUGGUGAUUUAUCUACCAUUUCAUUAAAUUCUUACAUCAUCAAUCUAAGCUCUAAUCGCUUUAAGGGUUCACUACCGUGUUUGUCAGCAAACGUUGGCAUGUUAAAUGUUGCAAAUAAUGCCUUUUCUGGAUACAUUUCCUCUUUCCUAUGCUGUGAGGCCAACAAAAAAAAUAAAUUGAACCUCCUAUUCGCAUCAAAUAACCUCUUUUCGGGUGAACUUCCUUCUUGCUGGAUGUACUGGCAAUCUUUAUACCACUUAAACUUGGGAAGCAAUAACCUGUCGGGUGAAAUUCCUAACUCAAUUGGUUCUCUAUAUAACCUCAAAUCGUUGCACUUGCAAGAAAAUAAUUUCUUUGGGUAUAUUCCCAACUCAUUGCGUAACUGCACAUCUUUGGCGCUCAUUGACUUGGGUAACAAUAAAUUUUCAGGAGAAUUACCAAGCUGGAUAAGUGAAACGACAUCUUUAUUGGUUCUUCUCUUGAGAUCUAAUAAAUUUGAUGGAAAUAUCCCUGAAAAUUUAUGCCAUCUUUUUUCUAUUCGAAUAUUAGACCUUGCAGAUAAUAGCCUAUCGGGUUCUAUACCAAAAUGUUUCAAUAAUUUGAGCGCAAUGGCUACAACAAAGAUUCCAGAUGUUGAUCCAUUUGGGGGUUUGAAUUUUGCCUCUAUAAAUUUUUUUCACUAUGAAAAUCUUUCGUUGGUCACAAAAGGGAGAGAAUCUGAAUACAGUAGCAUUCUUAAUUUGGUGAAGAUCAUGGAUCUUUCGAAGAAUAACUUAUCUGGAUCCAUUCCCCCUGAGAUAUUUAAUCUUUAUGGGCUACGUUUCUUAAACAUUUCUCAAAACCAUUUGGAUGGAGAGAUACCAGAGAAUAUCGGGGACAUGUCAUCAUUGGAAUCUCUAGACCUCUCAAAAAACUCUCUUUCUGGGAAAAUUCCUGAAACCAUGUCAAAUUUGACAUCUCUUAAUUACUUGAACUUAUCGUAUAAUUACUUCUCGGGAAGUAUACCUUCAAGCACCCAGCUUCAGAGCCUUGGCGAAACCAGCUUCAUUGGUAAUGCUGGACUUUGUGGAGCACCUCUCCCAAGAAAUUGCACAAAAAAGGCAGAAUCUCCAAGUUCAACACCUGUUGGUGAAGAUGGAGAUGAGUCGGAGGUGUUUUGGUUCUACAUUGGCAUGGGUAUUGGAUUUGCCCUUAGCUUUUGGGGCGUUGGCUGUGUUCUUUUCUUCAAAAGUACUUGGAGGCAUGCUUAUUUCAUGUUUCUUGAUAAACUGAAGGAUCAUAUCUAUGUGAUUGUAAUGCUGAAGGUGAACUGGUUCAACAAGAAAAUCAAGAGACGCAAUGAUGUUUAGUCUAAAGCAUCAUCAUCUUCUAUGAGCUCCCAACUUGGUCGUUGGCACUAGAAGAUUGUUGCCGAUGGGACAGGAGUCAGCUGUGAUGUUACCGGUUGAGUUGUCGGGCUCAAGUUCUUGGGCUUAGGAGGCAAGAUUAAUUCUUCUUUGUUCGAAUUAGAAUUUCUGAACUACUAAGAAAUCUCUCAAGGUAGACUUACCUUCAUUUCGGAUAUAAUUAUGGCCUUUUCGUGGAUAAUCUUUAUUGGAUUUCUUGCCUAUAUUCUUUGAAGUAUCUCGACAUGAGUUAUGUCAACCUUCACAAGGAAGUCAACUGGCUUCAAGCAAAGAGUAGGCUCCCUUCUCUUUCAGAAUUGCACUUGUCCGGUUGUCAACUCAAAAGCAUGUACAGAUCCUUUGGUUAUAUCAAUUUGACAUCUCUUCAAGUUCUUAAUCUUGCCGGUAACAAUUUCAAG